AUGCCAACGACACAUGAUACAAAACAGCUGGAGACGACCAACAGCUCCACCAACGAACAACGACACUCAGACACCAUCGCAUCGGCAUCAGCAUCAGCAUCGACAUCGGCAUCGGCAUCAACAUCAGUAUCAACAGCACCACAAGCGCUUACCACAUCAAUGUCCACCAAGCCUCCCUACUCCUCCUCAUCAACACAAAAUGCAACUUUCCAAGCGUGCCAAGCAUGCUAUCUUCGCAAAAAGCGAUGCGUGACAAGUCCCAACCAUUCUCAAUGCACAUAUUGUUUCCGAGAAGGCCAGGACUGUCUGCCAAGAAAGCGACCUACAAAACAGACGAAUUCACAGUCUCGGUCCAACACCAACACCCACAAGGCUCCCGUUUCUACAUCUGUUGUUACGACUGCCCAGGAUUGCAACAUACGUCGACCGUAUCUUGAAACGGAGGUCCCACCGUGGAGCGCAAUGUACUCGAUGGUCUCGGAAGCGCUGCGCCUUAUUCCACCAGAGGAUUCUCUUAGCGAUCCACUAUCGCGCAAACGUCCCGCAUCUGAACGAGAUGAAGAGGAUGAACGUGAUCAAACAGACACAGAAACAGACAACGAACCAGAAGGAAGGGGGACAGACAGCGAAGAAGACAAACCCUCGAGGCCAAGAAAGAAAAGCUGCUCAAUAUACGAGGCCAUCUCUGCUCGACAUGUGCAACACAUCCCCACAGAGGAUAAGACGAGAUGGACAGCAGGUGAGACGUGGAAUACAGCGGCUACGAGACCUGGGCCUUUCGGUUUGAUCGCAAUGAACGGGAAUGGGGAAAGUGCUGUGAAUCCGAAAAGCCCCGGCACAGGGGCCUUUUUAGGCGAGCUUGAUGCGCUCUUGAGGUUUUGA